AUGUACAGUUCUCAGACGUUCGCUAAAUCGGGAGCUUCAACCUACAAUUCCUCUUUGGAGCUGCGCUUAAAUGCGCCAGAUGUGUCCGCCAUGAACUCCUGCUGUAUCUUCGCAUCGGGUUGUCUCAGUGCUUUAUGCGGGUUAUGCUUACACUAUCAUCCCACGUCAAUUACUGAAAAUUCUAAGGAAACGCUUUCAUUGUUUCCUCGGGUCACUGAACCACCGGUAGCUGUACUUAAUUGUGGCCUAUAG